CCGCCCGCUGCUGAGCCCGCGCCCACCCCCCACCUCUCAAGAUGUGGCACAACGUGGGGCUGACCCUGCUGGUGUUCGUGGCCACGCUGCUGAUCGUCCUGUUGCUGAUGGUGUGCGGUUGGUAUUUUGUAUGGCAUCUAUUUUUAUCUAAAUUCAAGUUUCUACGGGAGCUGGUGGGAGACACAGGAUCCCAGGAAGGAGAUAAUGAGCAGCCUUCAGGGUCUGAGACAGAAGAGGACCCUUCGGCUUCGCCACACAAGAUCAGAUCUGCUCGCCAACGCAGGCCGCCUGUUGACGAUGGCCACUGAGCAGGCACAGCAGUUUCUUAGACUAUGGUUAGAGGCAGUUACGAGCCUCUGUCCUUAGUGACCUAGCUUUGAAGGUUACUAAGUGACCAAGGAACAUUUGCAAUUGGAUUUAUAUCCAGUUCAAAAAAGAUUUACACGUAAGCCAUAUAGAAAUAAAGGGAAUUUAAACCAAA